CCGCUGCGCUGAGAACAGCGGGCCUGCGAACUGCUGGGAAUCGUCGCGAACGUAACCAUCGGCCAGUCCAUCGGACCCGCACCCCGUUGGCGAAUAUAUUAUCAUGGUACACCUACCUACGAGGCUAAUUUUUUAAUUGACACAGAACAAGAGAUUUGAUACGUGCCUAGUUCGUCGGGUGUUUUAAAAGUAACCGGGAGUGAGGAUAAGUGACGUAACGCGGGUUUAUCGUCGACGUAUGUAUGCAUGUAUGUACGUACGGUGUGACGAAAGCGGCGGAGAAAACGUUGUAGGUACAUACGUACGUACAUAAAUAUACGCGAGGUGUUUGAAAAGAAUAGCAGAGAGGGGGGGGCAAACUACCAAAAACGUAUCCGUUAGAUGUAACAUAAAGGGUUUUGGUAUCGAAGUUUGGCGGUGAUGAAAACGACGGAGAAUAUCCUUACGUUUCGGAGAAAAACAACCAACCAUUCGAAUCAAUAAAUAAAUUAAUAAAUAAAUAAAGUUUAUACAUAUAUAUGGAUAGAGUAUAUAUAUAAAAAAGUAACGAGAAAAAGAAAAAGUAAAAUAAAAGCAAGAAAAAGAAACGUAGUCGGAUAUUUCGGAGAGAUCUCCCCGCGAGCGAGAGGUGCCCGAGAGGAGCCAGUGAGUAACGUUUUGUAAUGGAGGUGUUGGCGCAUUGUCCUCUGUGCGGUGAGGAGGACAUGCCCAUGCGUUAUGUUCGUCGUGGAUGUGACUAAUAAAGUGCAGUGUGCCGGGGAGGAUUCGUCGAGUUCGACGCGGUGCAGUGCGAGCGAUAGGAUAGCGUUAGCGAAUAUACGACCGUGCUUACAGCAUGGGGAUUGAAACGGUCAGUGACAAGCGAGGCAAGUCAAACAAGUGAGAAAUAGUGUGCCAGCGUUAUGGUCGGCAGCAGUCGGGGCCGGGAGUAGGUAGAGUGUGUAGAGUCGGUUAGAAACCAACCUACCUGUGUCACACGAGCGGCCAUUAACUUUCCCCGUGGCCGUGCCUCUGUUGAGUUUUUAAAUUCGUUAACGACACCCGACGGAUAGUUAUCCCCUUGCCCCCUCCCCCGCCCGUCCUCCCACCCCCCUGGCCCAAUCCCACCCCGCCGUCACCCCGCCGCUGCCGCCGCUGCUUCGUCGUCGACGACGAGGAGUGUGACGGCGAUCGGUCAUCGGUGUAUUCUGACCACGGUGUGUGCGCGCGUGAAUCGUGUAUGUGUUUCACGUCUGAGGUUAUUCAUUUUUUUUUCUUACCUUUAUUUUCGUUUUCUUUUUUUCUCACCGUCAUCAACGUCAUCUUUAUCGUCAUCACCACCACCACCACCACGACAACAACAACCAGCAGAACCACCAACACUACCGCUAUCGUUACACUUCUAUCGUCAACGAAAUUCUGUGCUAGUUUUCGUAAAGGAGAAGAAGAAGAAGAAGAAGAAAAAAAAACGAAAGAAGAAAAUAAGGAGAAGGAGAAAGUGCGACGACGAACGACAUCAACGAUCUCGUUUUGUGCGAUGUUUACGAAUCAGUGGUGAAUACAGGUGUGAUUUAUCGAUAUAGGUAUAUACACCUGUGUACAUACAUACAUAUAUACAUACACACAUACGCAUACAUAUGCACGUAUUACACUCGAGAUAAAAGAAAAAAAAAAAAAAAUAAACAAAAACUGACAUCGACGAGGUGAAAUCCGCUAGACGGUUUUAUUUUUAACCACGCGUUUUAUCGUCGAUUAUCGAAAUAUGGAAAAACGCGAGAGCCGCGACCCUCGGGCCAACAAAGAAAUAACCCGGGGUGGUGAACGUGACCGGGAUCAAGAAGCUGCCAAGAGGACGUCGAGGGGUAGCGGAAACGCUGCCGCCCGGGCCAACAUGCACGCAUCCCGGCACAGCGUGACAUCAUCCUCCGGGGUUUUGAUGGUUGGACCGAAUUUUCGAGUCGGGAAGAAAAUCGGUUGUGGAAAUUUUGGCGAGCUAAGACUCGGUAAAAACCUAUACAACAACGAGCAUGUGGCUAUAAAAAUGGAACCAAUGAAGUCAAAGGCACCGCAGCUUCACUUAGAAUAUAGGUUUUACAAAUUAUUAGGGACACAUGAGGGUGUCCCGGAAGUAUUUUACUUUGGGCCUUGUGGAAAGUACAACGCCCUGGUGAUGGAACUACUCGGACCGAGCCUGGAAGACUUGUUUGACCUCUGUGGCAGAAGAUUUUCACUAAAGACCGUCCUUAUCAUUGCCAUGCAGCUCCUUCAUAGGAUAGAGUAUGUCCAUAGCAGGCACUUAAUUUACCGCGAUGUAAAACCAGAGAACUUCCUCAUCGGCAGGAGUACGACCAAAAGAGAAAAGACGAUUCACAUAAUAGAUUUUGGAUUAGCCAAAGAAUACAUAGACUUGGAGACGAACAAACACAUACCUUAUCGGGAACAUAAAAGCCUGACGGGUACGGCACGCUACAUGAGCAUCAAUACCCACCUUGGAAAAGAACAGAGCAGGAGAGAUGAUCUGGAAGCGCUGGGCCAUAUGUUUAUGUAUUUUCUACGAGGUAGUUUGCCGUGGCAGGGACUUAAAGCGGAUACGUUAAAAGAGCGUUACCAAAAAAUAGGGGACACGAAACGUGCUACGCCAAUAGAAACUUUGUGCGACGGUCAUCCCGAGGAGAUGGCUACGUACUUGCGUUACGUGAGGAGAUUAGACUUUUUCGAAACUCCAGACUACGAACACCUGAGGAAAUUAUUCCAGGAUCUAUUUGACAGGAGAGGAUUUGUUAACGAUGGUGAAUUCGACUGGACGGGGAAGACCAUGCCACCCAACUUUACGCAACUCAGAGCGAUACGGAACGCUGCUCCUUCUCAUAUUGGAAAAACCAAAUCUGAUAAGUCCACGCCGGUCGGAUCAUUGCAGACUGGACACGAAAUUGUUGUGUCGCCAAACCGAGACCGGCAUCCCACCACAAAUAAGGGUGUGACGGGUGUAGGGGUGGGUGGAGGGGGCGGUAAAGGGGUGGGAGCUGUGUGGCCUGAUACAGUGAAGCAGUCUGGAGCCGGUGGUACUUUAACGCCUGCUGACAGACACGGCUCCGUCCAGGUUGUAUCUUCAACGAACGGAGAACUAGCAAAUGAUGACCCAACUGCUGGACAUUCAAACACCCCAAUUACAGCACCUCAGGAAGUCGAAAUGGUGGAUGAGACCAAAUGCUGUUGCUUCUUCAAACGAAAGAAGAAGAAGAGUGCUCGACAGAAAUGACUGUCUAUGGCUGUUGGGCUUGGGGGGACUGUUCAGUGCGCAGGGGUUAGUGUUGGGGGAAACGGAACGAGUGGGGGUCAGCGCGAAAUUGUUACACUACUACGACCAGAUUGGCGCUGCUCCGCAUCUCGGGACUCCAUACUUCACACAACUACAACCACUACGCCUACACCUACGCCACCUCCUUCGUAAAACUAAGCGAUUAUUACCAUUAUUAUUAUUAUUAUUAUUAUUAUUAUUAUUGUCAUCAUCAUUAUUAUCAUUAUUAUCAUCAUCAUUAUUAUUAUCAUCAUCACCAUUAGAAUUAUUAACAUUACCGUUGACUGAUGUAGUCAAGCAUCAUUCGUCAUUAUUUUUCAGAGUUAAUGUAUCAUACUGAAUCUGGAAUAUUGGAUCGGGAGACGUUAUACUAAUACGUUUUGAAAUCUUUCCUAAAUUAUCGUUUAAUUUUGAAUCAACAGCUGGCAUGGUAGCGACUAAUGUUUGAACAUAGGGUAAAAAUGAAACUAUUCAAGCUACCUGUGUCUGUGACUUUUUAUUUUAUUACUGUUAUCAUUAGAAUUAGAUAAUCAUUAUACGUGUGUGUGUGUAUAUAUAUAUAUAUAUAUAUAUACAUACGUACGUACGUACACACAUACAUACAUACAUAUACCUAUAUUAUACAUCAUCCUAGUAAUACGUCCUGUUUUUGUCGUGCUUUAGUAAUUCAUUACGAUAAAAUACAGUGACACGAUUGUUAUUUUUUACUACACACCUUUCUCUUUUUUAUAUGAGGUUCAAGUACUGCAGGUAUUGGACAGAAUAUUUGAACAUACUGUAAGGCAACAGCUACUUCUAACGCCGAAGCUUGAAAAGCGCUAAAAAAACUUCUUGCUAUGUCAAUGUAGGUUGUCUAUCGAUCUAUUUGUAGCAUAUACAUAUGAAUUCUGUUUGAAAUGAAAUGCUUAAAUAACUCUUUCUCUCGCCGCUAUGUUAUCACCAAACAACUGGCUGUCCAGUUUUUGCCGUAGGUUUUAUGUUAGUAUAUCGAUUCCCGAACAAUCUGUAAGGUUGUUGAAACUGGAUUUGAAGCAUUUCAUGCUAAGCCGGCCUUAGUUUUUAUUAUCAAAUAUUUGCAUUGGCAAAAUACGAAUUCGAGUAAUUGAAAUUUCAUUAUCGUAGUGAAAAAAACUCAAGUAACUAAUUAUUAAGAGUCCAAUAGAUUUAAAAGUGCUGGGUUAAUCUAAUACAAAGUAAUCAUUAUGAAAUUAUUGUAGUCAAGUCUAUGGAUCCCUGACCGGAUAAUAUUUAAAAAUAAAUCGUGACGUAGCCCACUUUUUCACAUCGGAUAGAAAAUUUGUAUUAUCUGAUACACAAGCGGGUAAAUUUCGAUUGAGUGAUAAAUAAAGUUGAUCACCAUCGCCAUUACGAGCUUGACUGCUUCAGCUAUGCCAAAGAAUGAGCUAAAUGAAGAGAAACGAAAUGAAGUGAGUUGAAUUUGUUUUGUUUUUUUUUCCCAAUUUUUUAAAGCUAAAUGAAAUCUGUGUCGAGAGUGUUUUGAUAAUUGGGAAGAAGAAUUGAUUUACACAACUGAUGGUUAAUGGUGCGCUUUCAAAAUUGAACUCUUUAUAAUAUAAAUAUCCAGCACUUUUCCUCUAUACUCUUAGGAACAAGAAAAAUAAAGAUUAAGAAAGUUUCCAAAAAUUGUCACGUUUGAUCGAAAUGUAGAAUAUGAAUAUCAAGAAAGUAUUUUUCAUCUGAAUAAUAAUCAUCAAAUUAUAUUAGGAAACAAUGAGCUUCACUGUACAUUUAAUUGUCUCAAGGUCCAACUAAUCUAUUCAGCUGACAAAUGUGUCAUUACAAAAAACAUCAUUGAAGGACUGACCACCAUGAAAUCUGGUUUUAACGUGCUCAGAUACUUAACUCUAUUGACAUUUGAAAUGUGGCUGAUUAACAAAUGUAAGAAAUACGUAGCUUUGGAUUUAAAGCUAGCAAUGUAUGCAUAUAGGAACUUCUCCGUCGCUUUUGCAGAUCAAGUUUGGCAACGUCUAGCUAACACCGAUCAUUUGAAGAGUUCUAAAACUGUCAAUCACUUCUGAUAUGACUUGCCUUACGCUGAGUUUUUUUCGUUUCUGUUUUUCUAAUUAUAACUAAUUUCAAUUUAUGUAGCAGAACCGUUUCAGAAUGUAAUCUACAACUAUUUGACGUAAUAAAAUUGUCCUCGUGAAGUAAAUCCGUUACCAUUGCUAAAUUCGGAGUAUACUCUAGUUUUUCGUUUGUUGUUUUAUCAUUAUCUUAAAUUUUUAUGUUUACAAAAAUUAGGUAUUGAAUUCAAAAACCAGCAAGGUCUCGAUUAAGUUUGAUACGCAUUGAAAAGUAAUUAUCAUUGAAAUAGGUAACAUCCGUGCUCUAUUGUCAUGUCAUUUUUUUUAACAAGUUGCUGUAACAAAUUGCAUUGGCGGAAGAAACUGACUUAUAUGUACAUAUAACCUGAAAAUGAUUUAGGUAAUGAUUCAGGUUUUAGUUAGAUACCUGAAAGACGUCAAUUUUAAUGUUCCAGCGGUGUAAAAAGUAAAAUCACUGUUUGAAAUGCUAAACCUGAAAUUAUUGGUAUUGACAUUUAUAUAGCAUCAUUUAGUUAAUACCAAUCAAUUUAUAUGGAUAAAAGAACAUCUAGAUCCUUAGCGAUAGGAGUAAAUUGACCGAGUGACCAAAUUUUACAUGUAUAAAUAACUUGUCUACAUAUACAUAUACAUACAUGUAUACAGAUAUAUGUAACUUAGAACAAAAGAUUAAUAUCAAAGUGCUUUGUCGAUGCCCAACGUUGAUUUGUCCAAGAAAAAAGAAAAAGAAAAAAAAAAGAAAAAAAAAGAAAAAUACUAAUAACAUUGCUGAUGAAUAUCUGUGCUCAAUUUUUGUCACUAAAAUAAUUCAUCAUAAGUUGUGCCACAACAAGCAAAUUACUCAUUCCAUUAUACCAAUAAGAUGACUAAUAUAUUUGCCAUCAGUGAGUUAAGUGCCUGAUCACAUUAAUUCACGAAAAAAUAAUAAUUCAUAUCCAGCACUUUAACUAAUACAAUAUUUCCAGUGUAGAAAUAUAAUACGGGAAAACGUUUUCUUACAAAACAACAAAAAAAUGAAAAGCAAAAAAGUAGAAAAAAAAGAGUAACUAAUUAAAUCAAUCACUUAGUAAUCAUUUAUCGGUGUUAUUCACCAAAAAUAACCACUUACUUACCCGUGUCUUGAUUAUUAAUAAAGAACUUGCAACACCCUGCCGUUCUUUUAUCCUGUGUUAGCAAGUGGCAGAAGGUCCAUUAGAGUGGAUCUGAAAAAGUUAUUUCCCGGUGAUCAAGUCAGGAAUCAGAAAUCUGUUACCUGCACCAAUAUCUCACAAAUCUCUCAAUCGUUAGAGAAAUAAAUAAGAAAAUGAAGCAAACAUCUUAUAGUUCAGUUUUGUAUCUGUUGAUAGAAGUUAUUCGGAAAUAUCAUGAUUGGUAAUUCGGUACAGUUAUCAUUCACGUUAAAUUAUCUAUUUAAAUUUCUCUUAGAUAACAGAGACACACAUUGUCUGUAAAAAAAUUGAAAUCUAACAAGUCUACGUAGUAAGUGUGGCAGUUUUGAUGACAACAGUUAUCUCUAUUACCACCAAAUUGUAGUCUACCGUCUUAAUAUUAGAUAAAGAAGGCAAUCUUAUCUCAGUGUAUUCAAAUAAUAUUCUCACUCAACAAAAUACGUUUUUGAUUUUGACAAAGAUGCAGUGAAUAUUACUUUAUCGCCCGAAUAAUUGAUAUGAGACGGUAUUUUCUACAUCACCUGAAGAAAAAAAAAAAAAAAAAAAAAACACUAAACAAAUGAAGCCUUAAGUAAGUUUCGUAUAAGGAAUGUGCCGAUAAGUGAUGUGACUGACCGAUUCUUAUAUCGGCAGUAGUGUAACAUAAGAUGAUCACUGCAGGAUCUUUUUUUUUAUGUUUAGGAAGCCACGGUUUAAAAUAGGCAGUAAGAAAUUUGAACGGUUCUUUUUAUUAAACUUGAUGCUGUAGGUAAAUGGUCCAGUAAUUUUAAUUAUGCUAGCUUUGCGUGUAGGUAGCGAUAUAUUUUGGUGUUUAACGCAAACUUAUAGUACUAUGCCAAGUCACUGCAGGUCGGGAAUGGUUGUGAUUUCAAUGUAGAAUUUCUUUCCGUAUUAUCUUGAUUAUUGUUAAAAUUUCAUUGAAAUAAUUGUUUUAUAGUUUAGCAACUUAUCGAAAAUAAUAAUAAUAAUGAAAACGGAAACAUGAAAAUCAUUCAUCAUUUCAACACGUGUAUAGGGAAAAAAAAUUGCAAGCAUUUAUUAUAAAUACUCUUUCUUUUGAGAAACUUUCACUUGAUCAGCAGUAUUAAAAGAAUUCAGUUCUACGUAUAAAUUUCAAUAAAGUUGUAAAAUAACGUUCAGUCAUUAUUACUUAAAUUAAAUAGUCAAUGCUGGGAUUGAGAUGCGCUGACGAAAGAACUUGCACUGAGAUCGCUUUCCUUGUGGCUCGCUUCUACGAAAGUAUACCCAUUUGCAAAAAAGUGUCAGAAUAAGGUCCAGGUUAACAUACAGGUGUAGCUAAUGGCUUUUGUUUGUACUGGGAAUGGUUGUUUGUUGCGUCUCAUGCAAUUGAGAUUCAACAUCUACAUCGAAUGAAAUUAGCUUGUAUACGAAUGUAACAAUGAUAAACUUUAUUUUGAAACUUGAAUUGAGGCAUACUUGAAUGAAGCUGAAUUUUCCUCAGACACGGGAAAUACUACCGUUCUAUUAGUUAUGAAUAUUUCAUUAUAUAAUAUAAUUAUUUAUGAUAUAUUCUAUUACUUGAUCUUGUCUACGUGAAUUACACUAAUUAAUUGAAUUUAUUAGUCUCGAUAUUCCCGCGCAUAUCUCAAUGCAUAAGACAGAGCAAGCAGAAUCACUAUUAAGAAAAUGGCAGCUCAGGUCAAAUCAUCACGUACGGAAAAUAUAAAUCACUAAAGUUAAAAAAAAAGAUGUUCACAAAUCAUCGUCGAAAACAUAAAAGUGCUAGCAAUAUCUGGAGGCGUUCGAUUUUCACUGAUAAGAUUGGUUGAUUUCGCUAGCUAUUAAUGUUACGGAGCAUCCUACCUGUUGAUUAAUUCUGCUUGAAUUUUAUUACACCCUUCUAAGGUAUUCAGCGAAAAAAAAAAAAAAAAAAAAAUUUACCGGUAAAAAUCAAAGGCCUCUAGAUCAUUUUGCUA